AUGUAUCAAUUGCAAUCCGCUGAUGCUAUUCGAUGCCAAUACUGUGAAGAGGCGUCUGCUGUCUUUCUCUGUGUUCCAUGCAGAGAUGAAAUGUGCCCUCGCUGCAAAAUCUUCCAUAUCAAAAGCAAUGUUCCCUUAGGACACAGCAUUAUCCGCCUCCGCGAGAGAUCUCAUCAAACAUAUCAGGUCAAAAUGUGUGAAAUUCAUUCAUCUAAAGAAUACGAGGCAUGUUGCGAAGAUUGUCAAGUCCCUGUUUGCGAAAAGUGCAUCCAGGAUGUGCAUGUUAAGCACGCUAUUGGGAAGAUACAGGACCUUUACGAAAAGCAAAAGGCUGAAACCAUAGAAGAAUUGUAUAAAAUGAAAGCACAAUGGAAGUCUGAAAUCCGAGAAAGAAUAAACUAUCUCAAAAAUGGGGAAAUUGAAAUGAAGACAAAUCACGAGAAUGUAAGAGAUAAAAUGAAGAAUCAAGCUCAGGAAUUUAUAGAUCUUAUCAGAGGUAUUUUAAAAGAAGCUUUGUGUGAAUCUAAGAAAGAUGAGCAAAAAAAUUUAAAGGAAAUAUCUGAAUAUAAAGCAGAUGCUGAGCGUUUUGAAGAAAACCUAGAUCGACUGAUUGGAAAAUUUGAAACUCUCACAGAGUCAAUUCACCCUGCCGACCUUUUACUGUACCGAAAGCAAAAUCCUGAGGCUUUCAAACAGCUGAAAUUGCCUAGUAAAAUAGAUGUUGUUAUGCCUUCAUUUACAGUAGGCCUGAUCGACAAAUUUCAAAAUAAAUAUCAGUUUGGCAAUUUCAUUACAGGCCGUGUACGCUUUCAAACUUCACGCGAUAUCAGCUUACAACUUUCAGACGCGACUUGUUCUGCAGGCAGUAAACAACCUUUUAAAAAAGUAUUGGGAUAUGCUAGAAAAAUUUGCGAAAAAAAUACUGGUAGGUCGGAGUUAUAUCACGUAAGUUGUCUUGAUGACAAAGCUUACAUCAGUGGACGUGGUUGUAAUAUAUCACUGAUAGACAAGUUGGGGACAUUGCUAGAUACUUUCAUUCCCAUUUAUCAUGAACCAUCUGGUCUGGCUGUGAUGCCAGACGGAAGUCUGAUUUACUCUGACUAUAAGGAUAGUGCAAUCUAUCGACAAUCGCUCGAUAAACAGAAAACAAAACUUACGAGUACUGGUCAUCGACCAAGAGGACUUUGUUGUACAAGGUCAGGUGAUAUCCUUGUUACUAUGUAUAAAAGAGUGGAAAGGUACAGCAGCAGUGGGAGGAAGAUCCAGGUGUUCGAGAUGAACCUUAUCAGAGAGGGGCUUUCGAUUAAUCCAUGCUUUGUUUCUGAGAAUAUCAACGGUGACAUCUGUAUUUCUGAUUGGAGUAUAAAUGAUGGUAAAGUUGUCGUGCUGAACAAGUCUGGUAAUUUUCGGUUCAUAUAUGAUGGAAAAGUCAGAGAAAGCAAAGACGAAUUUAAACCGAUUGGUGUGGCUACUGACAGCCUUGGUCAUAUCCUCAUCGCAGACAACGCCAAUAACAGUGUACACCUUAUCAGCCAAGAUGGUGAAUUCCUCUCCUUCAUUCUUACAAAGGACAUGAUAACGAAACCACGUGGGAUCUCCAUUGACUCGUCUGACAAACUGUGGGUGGUAGAACGUAUCAGCGGUUUUGUGAAAGUGUUUCAGUAUUUGUCAUAA